GCUCUGCUCUGCUCUGCUCGAGUGGAGCGGAAAGAGGCAGAGGAUAAGGCGGCCUUGCCUCCCCCAGUCGCCCUGCCCUCGCGUAGAGAGCAAAGGAUAAGAGACUAGCUCGCGAUGAGGCCCGCCGUCGGAUUCCAUCUCGUGCUCCCCGCGGCGCACCGGCCGCCUCCUGCUCCUAGUACUCGCAGCAGCAUCGGAAGGUUACGAGCAGCCGCAGGAGGGGGAGGAGGAGGAGGAGGAGGAGGCGUCCUGCUGGGCCGCCCCCUGGAGGAGGUGUACAAGGUGCGCGUGGAGCGCGGCGCGGCGGCGCGGGAGAGGGUGGAGGCGCUGCGGGUGAUGGAGACGUGGUCGUCGUGGCGCACGGGCGGGCGGUGCCGGAUGCCGUGGGACUGGCAGGUGGACCAGCUGGUGUACAUCGUGUCCGGGGAGGUCAAGGUGCUCCCCGCCGGCGCGGCCAACGGCGACCACUACAUGCACUUGGUGGCGGGGGACCUGGUGCGGUACCCGCGGUGGUUCGAGGCCGACCUCCACUUCGAGGGGCCCUACGAGGAGCGCUACCGAUUCCUGGCAUACGGAGACGACAACUAGAAGAAGAAGCAGCAGCUCAACUAGCCAUCAGCAGCAAGCUAGCUAGGAAUUUAUCUCCCAUCGCCAUCCUCCUGUCUUGUUUAUUUGAGCUUCAAUAGUGUAGGAUUCGAUUCAUACUUGUUACCUAUCUUAUCUACUGCCUGCUUGAUUUAGGGAAUGAUUUUUCUUCCCCUUCUUUUCGA